GCGGGGCCUGCGCCGGGGAGGGGGAUGUCGCGCCCCCAGAUCAUCCACAGCGGCCACUUCAUGGUGUCACAGCCCCACGUCGAGCCCGGGCCCGACCCAGAUCCCGACUCCGAGGGGCCGCGAAGCCCAAGGGGCCAGGUGGGCCCAGGGCUGGCGGGGCCAGGGGGAAAGAGCGGCCCUGGGCCGGCUGCAGCCGGGGAGACCGACGGUGGGGCGCCGAAGGGCUGUGGGGCGACCUACGACUCCGGCCCGGUGCGCGAGGGCGCGUGCCGGAUCUACCGUUACGGGCCGCGAAGCCCCGGGGCCCUCAGCAUCGACCCCUCCCUCACCAAGCUCUUGGAGCGCAUGACGCUCGCCUACAGUGGGAAAAUUGUCUCUCCCAAGUGGAAAACCUUCAAGGGGCUGAAACUGCUGCAACGUGACAAGAUUCGUCUCAAUAAUGCCAUCUGGAGGGCCUGGUAUCUACAGUAUGUGGAGAAGAGACAAAACCCUGUGUGCAGUUUUGUGACUCCGUUGGAGUGCAAUGAUGUAGAUGAGCACCGCAUACCUGAGGCUGUCAUUAUGGAGGGAAAGUACUGGAAGCGCCAAAUUGGAGUUGUCAUUAGGGAAUAUCACAAAUGGAGGACAUUCAUUCCCAAGAGGAGGACAUUCUUCCAUACCAGGGCCCAAAAGAAGAUAGAUAAACCUGUUUAUGGCUCCACUCAGGAGGUAGUGGAUGAUGUUUCAGGGGUCCAACAGUACAAUGAAAUGGCUGGUGGAUACCCCAUGGACCUUGACCCCUUGCAUGAUCUAGAUGCACUCCUGGACACCAUCUUCUCCAGCAGGAACCCUUAUGGUGGCCCCAACCUACGUGGCUUUGGCCACCAGGGCAAUGCUGACGUGAUCCAACCCACCUUGACUCAGUUGCACCCCAUAUUUGGAGAGGAGUUCAUGGAUACCUUGGACCCUAUUCAAGACUUCAUCACUUCUUGUCGUUCUCAGCCAACUGUGCAGGCUCACACACUACUAACAGAUGCUACUGCCUUGAGUCAGUGUGACGCAGAUGUGUCUCCCAUUACCACUGACCUCAAGGAACUUCCACCACCUGGAGACUCUCUCAUGCCCAUUCCCAUCUCCCUGGACGUGGAGCCACCUGAACCUCUGAAUGGACAGCAGACUUUCCUGCCAUUCUUCCCCAACUCUCCAGUGAGGAUCAGUUCCCUGCCUGCUUCUCAGGUCCUGCAUAUCCAACCUCAAGCCACCUUGGUCUUCUCAGUCAUCAACCACACAGGGUCAGAAAAGCCCUCCUCACCCUCUUCAUCCACAUCGUCAGGCACCUUUGCUGUGCCUACUGCUGCUCCCCCAACCAAGAUUGGAAGGGCCAGACGGCUACCACGGAUUGCUCCAGCACCCUCUUUUCAUCAUCAGGCAGCACCUCCCAGUGCCUUUCUCACCUGCCUGCUUGCAUCUGGUCCAGCCUCACUGCCCCUUACUCCAGCCAUGAACUCUGGACAGGUGAGAAAACUAUCCUGUGCCAUCUACACACAUCCUUGUUUUCCACAUUCUUAUCCGGCUCCUCUCAUACCCUUAUUUUAUGCUCUUCCACAGGUAUGUGACACCCCAGAACUCCCUGCUAAUGUCAUGUUGCGCUCAGUCUCUGGAACAGAGAAGUCUCCGCCUGCUGCCAAUGCAGCCUCUCCUGACACUGGUUCCAAAACCAAGGAGGAGGUUGAGGACAGGACUCUCUGCAGCCCGCAGGAAAUGUCCAGGUGUCCCACUGCCAAGUUGCGGGGAAGCCGAAGGUCCACUUUUGCCUCUUCGGAUUACACCCGGCGUAUGGUCAUUAGCUCUGGCUUCAACACUCUUGCCAUUCUGGUGCUGCCAGGAUCUGAUCAUACCAGUGCAAAGCUUAGCAAAGCAGUGCUUCUGCAGAAGAGUGUGACAUAUGUGGGGAGACUGCAGCGGGAGCACCGACAAGCUCGGGCAACAGUAGAAAGAUUGCGCAGUGAAAUUGAAGAGCUGAGCACAGCCAUCGAUGAGUUCCAGCAUCAGCUUCCACCCAGUGGAGCUCCUGUUUUACCACCACGAUCAGAUCAGGCUUCUCAGCUCUAUGAAGAGUAUGUGCGCCAGCGCACCUCACAGGACUGGCGCUUCUGGCUUUUUAGUGUGGUAAUCAAGCCACUGUUUGAGAGCUACACCAGGACAGUGAGCACAGGCGGCAUCAAGGAAUUCUUCCAGUCGGUGUUGAGUUGGUUGGAGCAGCACUGCACCCUGCCCAUCUUGCGCCCUGCUAUCUCUGGCUCGCUCCUGCAGCUUAGCAAGAUUACAUCCAUACUGACGCAGCCAGCCCAGUUGCCUGAACAAGCUCUGCAGGCCAUCUCUUGUCCUCCACUGGUUCCUGUUAUACAGCCUCAUGUAGCCCCUGAUGCUACUAAGAAUGCCAGUAGCAGGAGCUCUAACUCAGGAAUUCCUCUGUCAUGCAAAGCAGAGCACUAG